UACAUGGCAAACGGCUACAUCCGCCAUCUUCAAACCGCAUGGGAAGAGACACUUUUUUAGCUAGCUCAAUACAUGCAUCUGCAAACAUGUCUGUGUUCAUGGACUUAAACAUUAGCUGCACUACAGACAAAAAGAAACUACAGAGUGUGAUUGAAAAAGCAGCUCAUCUUGGAUACUCCACAGUUGCCAUCAACUAUGUUUAUGAUCAGCAGCAAAACAAAAAAGAGAAAAUUGCUAAACCAUCAUGUAUCUCUGAGCUGUUUGACAAGAUGCCCAUAAUACAGGGUAAAUCCAGGCCUAUCAAAGUGCUGAACCGAUUGACGAUUGUGGCUACAGAGGCUAGUCACUUUAGGCCUACGGGGGAAUACAAAUUCUACGACAUCAUAGCUGUCCUCCCCAAAUCCGAAAAGCUGUUUCAUGCAGCCUGCAUGACAUACGAUGUUGACAUCAUCUGUGUGGAGGUGACAGAAAGACAGCCCUUCUUCUUCAAGAGAUCUCCAGUUAAUGGGGCCAUAGAGAGGGGUGUGUUCUUUGAGAUCAGCUACACGCCAGCAAUCAGAGACUCCACCAUGAGGAGGUACACCAUCUCUAACUCCCUCAGCCUCAUAGAGACCUGCAAGGGAAAGAAUGUCAUUGUAUCUAGUGGAGCAGAAAACAUCCUGGAUCUGAGAGGACCAUAUGACAUCGCUAACCUAGGCCUGCUGUUUGGGCUUUCUGAGGGAGAUGCCAAAUCUGCCGUCUCCACCAACUGCCGCUCCGUGUAUCUGCAUGGAGAGACCAGGAAGACUGCUAUGGGAAUCAUCCACACUAUGAAGAAAGAUGAGCAGACAGAGAUACAAGACCAAAAGAGACCAGAGGAAGCGCCAGAUGGGGAAGCCCCUCCCCCUAAGAGAGCCAAGACGGACACUGUCUAGUCAAAUAUAGACUCAGAUUCUCAUAUGAUUUUCCCCCAGACCCUUCAUUUAUGUGUUCUUUUUUGAUGGGUAUUCAACUUAGUGUUAUCUGUAUGGUUGUAACUGACAAUAAGAAUUCUUUUUUUUAAAUCAUUUAACAAACACAGAAAGUUAUAACAUUGCUGUUUAUUUUAUGAUCAUGUAAAAACCAUGCAAAUGUACAGAUGAAUAUAUAGUAGAAUAUGUACAGUUUAAAUCCACAA